UUAGAGGCGUAUUAACAAUACUUCUUUCUCUACUACAUAACCGAAGAUAAUUUCCGACUCUGACCUACAUAUUCAUUUCGUGGAACUAGUUUUUUUACUCGAUGGCAGGAAGUAUGAUAUUCAAUGGUAAUAAAACUCGUCACAGUUAAUCUAGAUGAGAAGGUGUUUUGGUUUGAGCAUUAUACAAGAACUGUGACUUUCAAAAAAAUUAUCAAGUUCAAGGUGCAGUACAUCUUCUGUUAUCUAUUAUGAUAAUGAUAUCAGACAGAAUCCGUAUAAAAAUAGUUAUCGCACUUUCCUUGUUAUGAGCUGAAAAUUUCCUCCUGUCAUAAUUCGAAAAUGUUUGUUUCGAAAAAGAUGCUUCCUCUUACGAGGGUCACUCGCCAUCUUCGAACUCUGGCCAGUGUCCAUUAUCAAAAAAAUAUAAGCAAACAACACAUUGUUUAUGCCAAAGAACCUUUCAAGCCAAAGCAUGUUGAUCUGAAUAAACAAUCCAUUCUAUUACCGGGUCCAGAACGAAUAAGAGCAUCCCCCCUUUCUGAGGAUCCUAACAUAGUGAUCGAAACAAUACCGGGUGCUCCAGAAAUAAAAACUGUUUACGACGUCCUAGGUCAUGGAUUGAAAGUAUCAAAUGAUGGUCCGUGCAUCGGACGAAAACCACCUGGAGCACAGAAGUAUCAGUGGCAAUCCUACAGUGAGUUUAUAGAACGGACUCAGAAUGUGGGAUCUGGUUUUAUUCAGCUAGGAUUGAAACCUGAAAAUGACACUUUUAUUGGAAUAUUCGCAGCUAACCAAGAGGAGUCUUUAUUGUCAGUCUAUGCAUGUGCCGGAUACUCGAUGGUGUUGGUUCCCUUUUACAUGAAUCUUGGAAUAACCACUAUUGCCUAUAUCAUCAACCAUGCUAAACUUUCUGCAGUCAUUUCCACCAACAGUACUAAUACCGACAUGAUUUUAAACAAUUCAAAGAGCCUCCCAACAGUUAAAACUCUCAUCACUUGCGAAACACCAACAGAGGAUCAAAGAAAAGUUGCGGAAGCGGCAGGUAUCAACAUGUUGCUUUUUUCGGAGGUUGAGGAAAUGGGAAAAUCAAACAGAAAAGAAUUGGUGAUGCCUAAUCCUGACGACAAGUUUGCGAUCCUGUUUACAAGUGGCACUACAGGCAUUCCUAAAGGGGCUGUGAUGAUCCACAAAAAUUUCAUUACUAUGGUGGCAUCUGUCGUAUAUUCAUACGGAGAAGUUGGCACAUUUGGCGGAUGCAUUAUGUCUUACCUUCCCCCCGCUCAUGCUUAUGAACUUUGCAACUGGGUGGGCAGCAUGUACUUUGCCCGUGGAAUAGCCUUCUAUGGUGGUGUCAUCCAGAAUCUCAUGGAAGAUGUGAGAGAGGUUCAACCUACUGUUCUACCUCUCGUUCCUCGAAUCAUGAGCAAAAUUUAUUCAGAGGCUUGGAAGAAAAUAAAAGAAAGCAAAACUAAAUCAGCAUUACUACGUCUAGCUUUGAGACAAAAGGAAAAAUUACUUAAAAGAGGUAAAAUAACAAAUGAUUCAAUCUGGGACAAAUUCAUUUUAAAGGAGUUUCAGGCACUAAUGGGAGGAAAUUUGCAUGCCAUACCUUUAACGUCAGCUCCAGUACCACAGGACGUGAUGCGCUUCUUCUCCGUAGCCUCUGGUGCAUAUGUUAUGGAAAGCUAUGGAAGCACUGAAAUAAUGGCUACUGUCUUGAAACUACCCCGUGAUCUUACUCGAGGUUAUAUUGGAUGCCCGAUGGUUUGCAACCACGUGAAGUUGGUGGAUGUGCCAGAAAUGGGAUAUUAUUCUAAAGAUGAUACUGGUGAAAUCUGCGUCAAGGGUCCCAACGUGUUUGAAGGUUAUCUGGACAAUCCGGAAGCAACGAAGGAAGCAUUAAAAGAUGGUUGGUUUCAUACUGGAGAUGUAGGACAAUGGCUUCCGAAUGGAGCUUUGAAAAUUAUAGACAGAAAAAAACAUCUAUUCAAACUUUCGCAGGGAGAGUACAUAGCACCAGAAAAAAUUGAAAAUGUAUACAUUUAUUGCAACUUGGUUCUUCAGAUACUCGUUGAUGGAAUCCCAGAAAAGGAUUACGCUAUAGCACUAGUACUUCCAGAACCAACAGCAUUCAAGAAAUGGUUGGCAUCCAAAGGCUAUACAAAAAUUGAAAACAUGGCCGAAGUUUUAUCGAGCAAAGAAAUAAGAAAAGAUUUCCUGUUAGAAUUGCACCAUUAUGGGAAUGAAAAACAUCUGAAUUCAUUAGAGCAAGCAAGAAACAUAGCUUUCCUUUCAGAGCCUUUAACCAUCGAGAAUGAUUUAUUGACGCCGACUUUCAAAAUUAAACGAAACAUUGCACGCAAGCGAUUUGAACAGAUUUACCAUAGGUUAUAUGAAGAAGGACCACUUAUUGCUUCUCUGAAAUCUUAGCAUCUUAAAAAUGCAUAUAUGUCUUCUUUAACCACAACUAUUUUUUAAAAGAAAUUUGUACUUAAAUAUUAUGUAUUGUAUUUAAAAAGCAUUUUUACAACACCUCUAAUAAUCAUUU